AUUGGCUGUGGCUGUGCCCAUGUGCCAGAGUCACAGUACGUGACAUAUUGUGACAUAGCCAUUUUCGAACGGUGACGCCAAACUGCUUACACCUAUCGAGGAAGAAAUUUGAUUCUUUAUUGCGGUCCGUUGGAAUGCGCCUCACACGUUCGAAAGAGACUUUCGGAUGGAUAAUCAUGAUUAUCAGAGUCAUCCCUUUUGCCUGCUGAGCUCUACCAGGGAUUUUCCCGUCGAUCGAUAACGACGGAACCGGGUGCCGAGUGCCGACAUCCUUAACUACCCUGUCGUUCACUCCGAGCCCCUUGUACUCGAACCACCAUGUCUGAAUCCCAGUUCAAGAAGGCUGUAGAGAUCGUCCAGAGUCUUCCCAAGGACGGCCCCGUCAAGCCUACCCAGGACGACCAACUCUAUUUCUACUCUUAUUACAAGCAAGGAACCAUCGGCGAUGUUAAUACAGAACGUCCAGGUCUUCUCGACUUUGUGGGCAAAGCCAAAUGGGAUGCUUGGAACAAAGUUAAGGGUACUUCGAAAGAGGAAGCUCAGUCCAAAUACGUCGAGAAAUUGAUUGAGGUUCUCAAGAAGACUGGUGACGAGACCUCGAAUAAAUUCCUCGCUGAGCUUGAGGCUGCUUGAGCUAGGAAUUGUGUAAAGGUCCAUCAUGUAUAUCAAGUGACUGAAAGGCCCACUUCCUCAAACCGCAAACCUGUACUUCACUUGAAUCGUUAGCUGCAUCCCAAGGAUGUGACAAGUCAAGUU